AUGAAUAAAAAAAUUUUGGUCAUCGCUUGCAUUGUAUUGUUGGCUAUUGUGGUGUCGGACGUGUCAGCUGAUGGACCACUGACUGAGAUUAGUUGUGGUAUGGAAUGCAUGAAAUACCAGUCCUGCAAGUUCUCAAUACUGGCCAAAAACGAUUGUGUGGCUCCAAAAUCAUCAAAUGUGUUGUUUGCAGCACUAGGAAUGGCUACCAUUGGUAUCAAAUUGAUAGCAAUUUCUAUUGCUAUAAACGCCCGCGAUUUUAAACACGACUCUCUCGUAUCCCGUGAGUACUGGUUUACUGCCUAUGACUACAUCGUGGUCGGGGCCGGCACUGCCGGCAGUGUUUUAGCCGCACGACUGGCCGAUGACAUCACCAAAACAGUAUUAUUACUGGAGGCAGGAGGUGCUCAAAAUUCGUCCACUGAUAUACCCGCAUUGAGACCGUCACUAAAGGGUACAGAGAUUGACUGGAAUCAUGAAAUACUGCCCCAAAAAUAUGCUUAUUUUGCGCGAAAAGAAAGUCAAAUACCUAUACCUGCGGGCCGUGUGUUUGGAGGAACGUCAACACUAAGUCAUCUCAACUAUUAUCGGGAAAGUCCCGAAUAUUUUGAUUUGUGGAACACUUUGUAUGACAUCAAGAAUUGGACAUUUAAUGAUGUUUUGCCUUACUUUCAAAAAUCAGAAAACAAUUUAGACUCAAUUGUAGUUCAAUUGAGGGAAAGUCAACAUAAAACAGGUGGUCCUAUAACUGUAUCGACACCAAACUCGGACAAUAUUUUACGGAAAUACCUAAUGGCAGCCGAGAAGAUGGGAUAUAAUGAAACAUUAUCUGAUGGCAGACAACCAUUUGGUGCGACAAUAAUGCAACAAAUGGUCACUAAAGAUGGUAUUGCUUUGUCCACAUCGUCGGCAUAUCUGGAAUCCAAAGUGCGGCCAAAUCUCAAUACUUUUGGCAAUGCAUUUGUGACCAAAAUAAUUUUCGACAACAAGAAACAAGUGGUUGGCAUCAAGUUUCAAAAAGAAGGCAGUUUUUGGACUAUCAAAGCACGCAAAGAGGUUAUCCUAUGUGCCGGUGCUAUUGGUUCGCCUCAAUUGUUACUUUUGUCGGGAAUCGGACCUAAAGAGCAUUUGAAUGCAUUACAAAUACCUCUCAUUUCAGACUUAAAGGUCGGAACAAAUGUCAAGCAUUCAGUGUUUGUUGAAAUCAAUUAUAACAUCAAAGAUCAGAAAACAUCCGAAAAGCCAUUGAUGACUACCGAUGUUGAGUAUGAGUAUUAUAAUGAACAUACUGGUCCAUUAGGUUAUAUUGCUUCAGGGAUCCAUUGUUUUAAGGAAAUAUCAUAUGAAAACACAAAUAUAAGUAAUGGGUGUAUAUUACCCCACAUUGAUGUGUUGGACGAAAAAAUGGAUAAAGUUGUCGAAAAUUUUCAUUUAAGAUAUGAAUGGGACGACUAUUUUAAGCCUUAUUUGGGUCAUUUGGUAUUCAAACUUAAAGCUGUCUUACGUCGAGCCCGUAGCUCAGGUAGUUUACAGCUCGAGUCUAACAAUGCAUUUGCCAAACCUUUGAUUGAUCCGCGACUAUUCAGUGUGCAGUCAGAUGUCGAUGAUUUGGUCGAUACACUAAAACAGGCAAUGAAUGUGAUUCACUCGACACACUUCUCUGAAUAUGUCGAGCCAUUUGUAGUGCCAGUUCCCGGUUGUCAGCCUUGCUUUUAUGACAAGUUUUGUGAUUCAUAUUUGCGUUGCAUUGUCUAUACUAUGACUGAUUAUAUUCAAUUGGUUGGCACGUGUCGUAUGGGUAUAGCUAAUGAUACCGAAUCGGUUGUCGACGAAAAGUUUAAAGUUAAAGGUGUGACGGGUUUGCGUGUUAUCGAUGCAUCCAUACUUCCGGUGCCAACCGAGCAAUCGCUGGCUAUUGUAGUGAUGUUAGCUGAAAGAGGCGCUCAAUUUAUUGAUGAGGAAUAUAAAAAUCCAUUUAAAAGUUUAUGGUCUCCACCAGAAAUCAAAUUUAAUUUGACCCAGUUUGCUUUUCCAUUUAAUUUAACUAGAUACUAUGUUCCUAUUUCCCAAUAUCAACAAAUCAAUUAA